AUGGUGGUUGCAAUCACGAAGUACUUUGGCUGGACACUGGACCAACUGGACGUGGUGACAGCUUUCCUUUACGGAGAAAUGAAGGAAAAGGUAUUCUGCGCGAUCCCAGAAGGAGUCGAAGUUGAUGAAGACUUUGACUGCUUUGAACUGGUCAAGGCGAUCUACGGACUAAAACAAGCAUCGCGCGUAUGGAACGAGACUUUUCAUGAGUUUGUCUGCUCCAUUGGAUUUCAAGUCUCCGAUUUUGACCCGUGUUUUUAUCUCAAGAUUACAAGUGGCGAGUGCGUGCUUUUGCUGGUAUACGUCGAUGAUGUGUUGGUGACUGGCAGCUCAACCGAACUGAUUAUGCGCACCAAGAGUGACUUGAAGGAGUGUUUCGAAAUGACCGACAGCGGCAAGUACGCAUUCGUGUUGGGCAUCGAGUGA